CGACCAGAGAUGGAAGGCUGCAUGAUUUUCCUGUCUGAAAAUUUUGAGCCAGCCUGCAAGUCUGAGGACAAUCAGUCUGCUGGUGAUUCUCAACAGCUGAACAUGGUUUCAGUUUUUCGUCUGUCUCGGUGGAUUAUCGACUGCGGAAAAAUCUGCAUUCUUUCUCUAUUUGUGGAGUUAGAUUUAUGCGAGCAACUGUUAUGGAACCAGAAAUUUCAGGGCAAUCACAUGAUGCCAGAGGUGCGCAAGGUCAAAGGAGCAAAACAGGCUGCGAAGAAGGCGCUGGCCGCGAACGGAAGAAGGAAAAGCAGCCAAUCUGUCCCACAAGCCGCAAGUGGAGAACCGGAAACGCAGACCAGUCGCGUGUGUGAAAAAAACUUGCUGGACAAUCCAAUGCAAAGGAAAAUAUCAAGCAAAACAAUGUAAAAGGGCCGAUGCCCAAGUGUAAACAAAGAGUCCAUCCUGCUCACGUCAGUUGAUAUUUACCUUAGGAACGAGCAGGAUAGACUCUUUGUUUACACUUCGACUUCGGCUCUUUUACAAUGUUUUGCUAGAUAUUAUGUAUAUCAGGGGUGCCCAACCUUUUGGCCCUGCGGCAGGGAUGCCACAUUUGAAGAUUUUCGAGCACAGGCUCAGUGCUCAAACAUAUUGUUUUGCCAUGCUAUUCGGUAAUUUUCAAUUAAAUUAAUUACUCACGAAAAAGAUAAGAAUGUUUUGCUUCUUUUGCCAAAAAAAGAUUUUAAAUAUAUUAUUUUGCCAUCAAGUUAAACUCAUUUGCGUUUUUGUGAUGUGCCCGAAAAUCUGCAAAAUCUGGCAUGCCUGCCCUGCGGGCCAGAUCUGAUUUUGCUGAAACGGUGGCGGGCCGGAACUCAUAUUUAAUAAACGUUGAAGAAGUAAACACAUUUUUUAUGAUUGGGUUCUUU